UAGUGUUAUGUUAUGUACUGUCGUACUGAGGAAGGGCCUAUGUUUUGUCAUGUCAGUGGUUUGGUUUUAUGUUUAAAGGAAAAUUGAAUUGAUAUUAUUAUACAUCCAUUUUAUUUAACUUGACAAGAUGGCAUCAAAAGAAGACUUUGAAAACUUUUGGUCUAAAUCAGAUAGAAGGAGAAAACAUGCCACGAACAACAUAAAAAUUAGUGAGUUACACAUGUGGGGUAAAGCCAAUGAGUUACCCAAGAAAUCUCCCACUCUUAACGCCCUUAUAAAUAGCAACGCUGUAAAACAUGGAAAUGUGCUGCCUGAAGAAUGCAGCGUAGACACAUUUUAUAAAAUAUUGGAAGAGUUGAGCAUUAGAUACAAAAUAGUACAAGUGCCCAUUGAUCCCAAGUUUAAAGGCCAUAACGCCCAUACUAAAAUCUUGAUGAUAGAAAUUAACACUGUACCCCCUUUCACAUUUGACGGAUCAGGUUUAAAUGAAAAGCAAGCCUUACAUUCUGCUGCUAGGAAAGGUCUCAAAUUCUUGAUAGCCAUAAGCAGUGAUACUGUGAUCCUGUGAACCACUCUCACACAUUUUGAUUCUUAGGCCUACACUUGUUGGAUAGAAUCUUUGCUCAACCUGGAUUCUAAGUGAAAUUUCAAUAUUGAUAAGUUUAAUAACUACCACUUUCUAACUGCUGUAGGUAGUGAAUACUACCGUGAAUUUUGAAUACAGUACGGUUAGUUAAUUUGUUCGAUUACAAGCUUUUAUGUUGUGUUGUUAUGUGCUUAAUGUUUAAAUUUGAACAAAUUUGUUUAAAACCUAACGUUUAUGUGUUUUAUGUUGUGUGCUUAAUGUUUAAAUUUGAACAAAUUUGUUUAAAACCUAAUGUUUAUGUGUUUUAUGUUGUGUGUUUCAUGCACUUUUUGUACGAACUCUUUGCUCACACCAGGCUUUAUUGUAAAGUUUAAAUUAUGUCCAGUUUUAUAACAAUAACUGCUGUAGGUGGUAAAUACUACUUUAAAUAAUAGGUAAUUUUGAUAACAGUAUUGUUAGUUAAUUAUUGUUGGAUUAGAAGCUUAAGGGUUUUCCUUAAAAUAAGUAUUUUUGUGGAAAUAAGUUAUUGUAUUAAGCAAAUAAAAAGAUGUACGUCAUA